GUACUGGCCGUCGUCCUCGUCGUCCUCGUGAAGCAACCAGGAAGACUAGUAUUCAUGAAAUCGUUCUCCGCAGACAUUGCAGGCGACUUGGAGGUAACGGAGACCCCCAGCGUCCCCAGCCCAGUCGAUGUGGCCGCCACAUGCUCGGAACCCUUGGGCAAUGGACGCGCUGGGCCAAACGACCCUUGGUGGAUGGAGACUAUCAAGCACCAAGGAACUUCGCCUACCAAUCCGAACCCUAGGGAUUACCGUCCUUUCCGGAAUGUCAAGGACUUUGGUGCCGUAGGCGACGGUAUUCACGACGACACCAGAGCGAUCAAUGAAGCGAUCGCCUUCCAGAAUCGCUGCGGUCUCGGGUGCAACUCGUCCACCGUUUCCCCUGCCAUUAUCUACUUCCCGCGAGGAACCUACCUCGUUUCGGCUCCUAUCAUCCCAUACUACUACAGUCAGCUUAUCGGUGAUGCGCGAAACCCGCCUACGUUACUUGCAUCGGCAAAUUUCGACGGAAUGGCUGUUAUUGACGCCGAUCCUUAUAUCCCUGAGGGUGGCGGAGCGCAAUAUUGGGUGAACCAAAACAACUUCUUCCGCUCAGUGCGAAACUUCGUCAUUGAUGUUCGACGGGUUCCACCGGAGAGACCUCAAGGAACUGGUUUGCACUGGCAAGUCUCCCAGGCGACUUCGUUGGUCAACAUCGUCGUUCACAUGUCUGAGGCCCCCAACACCGCGCACCAAGGUAUCUGGAUGGAGAAUGGAAGUGGCGGCUUCAUGGGUGAUCUUGUCUUCAACGGAGGUCGCUUUGGUAUCUGGGGCGGAAACCAACAGUUCACUGUCCGAAACCUUACCGUCAACAGGGCCAAGACCGGUGUUUACAGUCUUUGGAACUGGGGCUGGACUUACCAGGGUGUUACCUUCAACAACUGCGAGGUUGGCUUCGAAAUUGCCACAGGAGGCCUAACCAUCGAGGAGCAGUCCACCGGUGCCCAAGCCAUCAUCGAUGCUGUCGUCAUUGACACUCCCACUUUCAUCCGAACCACCAAGCCCAGCAACGGCGCCCUCGCUGGCUCUCUCGUCAUCAACAAUGCCAGGCUUGUCAACGUCGGUGUUGCCGUCGGAGUUGAAGGAGGUGCCACUGUGGUUCAAGGUGGCACCAGGACGAUCGCCUCGUGGGGCCAGGGCAAUGUUUACCGCGGUAGCGACGGCACUCGUCGAUUCGUCCAGGGUGAACUCCCCGUUCCUCCCAAGGAUGCCAGCUUGCUUGAUAGCGCUGGACGCAUUGUCGGACGUGCUCAUCCCCAGUAUGAGAACUACCACGUUUCGGAAUUCAUCAACGUCAAGGACUACGGUGCCCGUGGUGACGGUGUGACGGAUGAUACCAAUGCUUUGCGGGAGAUUUUUGCUCGGUUCGCGAACUGCAAGAUUCUCUUCUUCGAUGCCGGCCACUACAUCAUCACUGAUACCGUCCUCAUCCCUCCCGGAACGAGGAUGGUUGGUGAGGCCUGGACUGUGCUCGCUGUCCGAGGCCCCAACUUCCAGGACCAGCACAACCCUAGGGUCGGCUUCAGGGUCGGCAACAGGGGUGACGUCGGCGUUGCUGAGAUCACUGAUAUCGUUUUCUCGACUGUUGGGCCCACCCCCGGUGCCAUCAUCAUGGAAUGGAACAUCAGGGAUCCCGCUGGCCAGAAGGCUAGCGCCGGUAUGUGGGACAGCCACAUCCGAACUGCUGGAGCGGCUGGAAGCGAACUCGAAGGCCGACACUGCCCCAAGUCCGGUGCUGCUGGCUACGAGCGCUGCAUGGUUUCCUUCAUGAACUUGCACAUCACCAAGGGUGCAACCGCUUAUCUCGAGGGCACCUGGGCUUGGUUGGCUGACCACGAUUUGGACGGCGAUGGUGUUUCCCAAAUCACUGUCUACUCCGGACGCGGUAUCUUGUCCGAGUCUGAGGGUCCUGUUUGGAUGAUUGGUACUGGAUCUGAGCAUCACACUAUGUACCAAUACCGCCUCGUCAACGCCAGGAACCACUACAUGGGUCUGAUCCAAACUGAGAGUCCUUACUUCCAACCUUCCCCUCCUGCACCUGUCCCCUUCGUCAAGAACGACGCCUACCAUGAUCCCACCCCCUACGACCCUGUCAGCGGCUCGGCAUGGGCCCUUUCAGUCAAGGAGUCCCAUAAUAUUCUCAUCUUCGGCGCCGGUCUCUAUAGCUUCUUCGACAGCUACAGCCAAGACGUCUGCAUCCCCGGCCGCAACUGCCAGCAGCAGCUUGCAGACAUCGACAGCCGAUCGGGUGUGCACAUCUUCAGCUUGUCCACUGUUGCCUCGGUUUGGCAAUUGAGCGUCGACGGCAGGCCUGUUAUCAACCAGGCUGAUAACAUUAACGGCUUCGCGUCUACUGUGACCUGCUGGAGCAAUAACUAG